AUUAUUUCUGUCCUCUUAAAUUGGUUGAGGCUUGUUUUGUGUCGUAGUGUGUGAUAUAUCCCAGAGAAUGGUCCACGAAUAGGAUGUGUGUUCUGUUUUGUUUUGUUUUGAAUGUGGUGUCCUGAGGAUAUCAGUGAACUCUAACUGCUCUGUUGUGUCAUUUAGGGCCUCUGUUGCCUUAUUGAUUUUCUAUAUGGAAGAUCUGUCCUUUGAUGUCAGUAAACUGUUAAUCUCCCACUAUUAUUGUAUUCCCAUAAAUUUUUUCCUUUAUGUCUUUUAGCAUUUGUUUUAUAUAUUCAUGUGCUCCUAUUUUGGGUGCAUAUAUGAUAAGAGUGCCCUCAAAGUCUGCCACUGAUAUUGCUGAAGAAAAAAAAAACCUGCCAAGAGAGAACUGGAAAUCUACUCAGAUGUCCAGUAGCUGCUGUGCUCACAAAGCUGCUGGCUGGUGUAAAUCUGAAGCUGCCAGGAAUCAGCUCAUAUUUCAGCCCUGCCUCUGCAUGUGGGAAACCUGCAGGCACUUGUGGACUGCUAGAGCUUAUAUAGGCAGGUCUGUGCCUGCUGUGAGCACUCCAGGAAUGAAGCUUCUAUGUUGGGGCCAUUCCCCUCUUCAUGAGUUGACAAUGGGGCUCCUAUGAUGGACCUGGGCUUCAUCCUGCACCCACCCCCAGUUGUACCUGUGGACACACCCUAGGCCCUUUGGGCUGUUUCCAUGCAGCCAAACAAAGUGGUCUCCCUGGGCCUGUUCACUGAAGCCAGAGUUUCAGCAUGCACACCAGCAGGUGCAUAUCUUAGGGCUGGUGUCCUUGAGUGGUGUUAGCAGUGAGUGAAAGAAGAGAAGAAAAUUAAGCAAGGGAGACGAGGUCAGAAUGCUGCUCCUCUGUCAUGCCCUCGCUGUAGCCAUGGUCCAGACCUUUAUCUUCUCAGAAAACUGGGCAUUUGCCAAGAACAUCAACUUCUAUAAUGUUCGGCCUCCUCUGGAUCCUACACCAUUUCCAAACAGCUUCAAGUGUUUUACCUGUGAAAAUGCGGGGGAUAAUUAUAACUGCAAUCGAUGGGCAGAAGACAAAUGGUGCCCACAAAAUACCCAAUACUGUUUGACAGUACAUCACUUUACCAGUCAUGGAAGAAGUACAUUCAUCACCAAAAAGUGUGCCUCCAGAAGUGAAUGUCAUUUUGUUGGCUGCCACCACAGUCAAGAUUCUGAACACACAGAGUGUAGGUCUUGCUGUGAAGGAAUGAUCUGCAAUGUAGAAUUACCCACCAACAACACUAACGCGGUCUUCGCAGUGAUGCAUGCUCAGAGGAUGUCUGGCAGCAGUGCCCCCUCACUCUACCUACCAGCGCUGGCUUGGGCCUUUAUGCUGCCAUUGAUAUGAUGCCAUCAUUCCUGGGAGAGGCAGAGGCCAGCCCUCUGAAGCACACACUAACAACUGUAUCAACAGUGAACUUUGGAGUGAAGACCAAUCUUGCGCUUGAAGAAUGUGCACUGGACCCCAAAGCAGAAGCCAGUUUGCUUAAGCUAAAAUGCUUCUGCAUGAGGCCACUGAGGAAGGGGACUUGGCGGGGACUGAGGGAUUAUGUGGCUUUGGCUUCUUGAUCAAAGGGUCUCCAUUUUUUCACUUCUAUGAGGGGGAUCUUACCACCAUAUACAAAGGUUGCAGUAACCUGUGUUGUCCCCAUCUGAUGGUUCAUGGAAAGGAUUUCAUGGCCUGCUUGACUCCUUCAGGGGCUACUGGGUCAGACCUUCUCAUUUCUGCAACUGGCUCAGAGCAUCUCUAUGAAAUCUAACCCUUCUCCCAACAAGAAAGCAAUUUCCCUGCCAACAAUGUAGUCCAUGAAAAAAAGUCAACUAUAGGAAGAAAACUUUCAGUUGAAAGAAUAUGAAACCUGUUUAUAAUUGUGGGGGGAAAUAAAGCUUUUAAAUUAUGUAAUGU